CCGUGGCGGGAAGUAGACGCCGCGCACCACUAUGGCCCAGCAAGGCGAGGCCGCGUGAGUGUCGCUCCUCGGUACUGGAUACGCUCCCGCACCUCGGCAAUAAUUGAUGAGAUCUUGAAUGAGUUUCCUCACUGUCCACGGUGCAUACUAUUACUCUAAGGCUUAUUACUCCGCCUUGUGAUCUGAAGAAAGUUCUGGGACCCAGUGCGUGUGUGAGUGAGUGAGUGAGUGGGUGAGUGAGUGUGUUUGUGUGUUUUUUUUGUAUGUAGUGACAGCUGCAUCGGCGUCACCUGUUAUUGUUGUGGUGGUUGUGGCGUAAGGGAGGAACCGGAAAAGAAGUAAGAGGAGGAGAAGGAGGAGAUGGUGUAGGAGGAGAAGGAGGGAGGAACGUGGCUUGAGAAUCUCGUGAACUACCACCAACACCACCACCGGCGCCUCCACCAACACGCCCGCAGGGAAGGAGGAAGACACUCAGCGGUGCAGCCAUGGGCGGUCUCCUUCCCCUGUGGCUGCUGGCGCUGCUUGUGCCCGCGUGUACAGGGCAGGUAGAGCACCUCGGCUUACUGACGCUGGGCCCAUGGGUGCAGAUCCAGCGGUUCAUAGUGCCUAAAUUCGUGGCGCGAGGCCUCAACGCAAGCCUGGAGUGUGACUACGUGGUGCAGCAACAUGCGACCUUGUACUCCCUCAAGUGGUACAAAGGCUCCUCCCAGUUUUACCAGUACAUCCCGUCCAAGACGCUGCCCCAUGCUGUCUUCUCCGUCAAGGGCCUCAAGAAGAACCAGGUGGUGGCUGGGCGCGAUGAGCGCCAUAUCACUUUGUCGGGCGUAGAAGUGGGAGCCUCGGACGUGUACCGCUGUGAGCUGGUGGCCGAGGGACCGCCCUUCCACACCACGCAGCGCUCCGCCAACAUGACCGUAGUAGUGCUGCCUCGAGGCCCGCCUGUCAUCACUGGCAGCAGGAACUAUUACCAGCACAAUGAAAGGGUUGCUCUCAAUUGUACCAGCCCACCGUCCCGCCCUGCUGUGGUGCUCUCCUGGACCGUUAAUGACCAACAGGUAUCCGACAGCCACGUACGGACGGUGGAGAAGGUUACAAACCCUGCCGGACUAGAGCGAGUUACCACGCGCCUGAGUCUCCGCGUCACACAGGACCACUUCCGCGGGGGCACCAUGACCAUCACCUGCGAGGGCCGCCUGGCAGACCUCUACGCCAGAACCGCCCGCAUCCGCAUUCGUGAACCCUCGAGUCGCUGGUUUACUUCCACCAACCUAUACCACACGUCUGCCUCAAGCCAUCUGGCAGCGUCCUGGUGUAGUGUCGUGGCUGCUCUGGGAGUCAUCAGCUACGUUCUAUGCCAGUCUCAGUCAUAAGCCACAUCGUCUCUACUACCCUUAUCACCACCACCACCACCACCACCACCACCACCACCACCACCACUACCACCACCACAGUCGUUGCCAUCUGCCACUUUCCUGCCGCCUCCCCCGCCUCUCACCGGACGUUCCCGCACCAUAGGUAAAUACACCGCGGCUCUAUGGACCACUGCACUCGGGCCUCCUCAAAGGGUGGCCUGGUGGGUGCUUCCGUGGCUUAUGGGAGGGAGGAGUCCGCGCCCAUUGCUUGAGACAGUGACCAGGACUUGAUGCUAAAGUUUCCUCCUGAACGUUUUUUUUUUUUUUUUAUUAUAUAUAUAGUUUUGAAUGAGUUCAGGAAAACCAGUGUGAUUGUGUGUAGGUGAACAGACUAAAAUAGUGAGAGGGAAGAUCGAUUUUAAUGACUGGACGAUUUCCAGACGGUGUAAAGGAAUAGUUAAUAUGGAAAGCACACUGAUACUACAGACAACUUCCUUGUGGCACAAUAAUUGUCGUUCGUGGAGAGAAAAGACUUGUGGGACGAGUAGCUUAUUCUACCAGUGUGGAUCAAUGACUCCGUGUCCAUUUCUCAAUGCUAAAAUAAAACAAAGAAAUAAAACUCUGAACUGUCCCCUUGUCCCACAAGAGACAGACUCGAGGAUCUGGGAAGGAGGCCAAUCGUGUCAUCGUCGAUAUUGUCGUCGUUGUACAGUUGAUUCGUUUCUUUGUCUUGCACACUCAUGCCAUGAAGAGGAGGGAAGGGAAGAAGAAAAAUUAAGCUCUGCUCAUUGAGGGAGGAAAGAGAGAAAGGGAAUGGAAUAGAUUAAAAAAGAGAUCUACUGUCUGGUUGCACUUCAAGCUGGAAAAAUAUAUUAAUUAAAGUCUCUCUCUCUCUCUCUCUCUCUCUCUCUCUCUCUCUCUCUCUCUCUCUCUCUCUCUCUCUCUCUCUCUCUCUCUCUCUCUCUCUCUCUCUCUCUCUUACUCAACUAACCCCUCUUUUUUGCUACCUAUACCUACCAUUCUACUUUUCUCUCUCCCUCCCUUCAUUCUUCCCUCCCUCCCUCGUACCCGCCUGCCUGCCUUAGAAAACCCUGCCCCCGUGGCCGCCCUGCCCUUGUGUGGGACCAGUGGGAGCUGUGUGUAAUUCACCAUCUAAAUUCAUGGGGAGAGAGAUUGGAAGCCAGAAAUGAUGAGACUAUCUCUUGUGAUGUGUCACUGCUGCGUUACCUGCGUUAAGAUAAGGGAGGAGGCAGAAGCAGGGAAGGAAAUGAAGGAGGAGAGGGACUGUAUAUGAGAAGGGAGAGAUUAGGCAGAAGGGUAGAGAGGUAGUUAGGGUGCCAAGGAUGUGGAGGAGGCGAGAGGAGAGAGCAGGAGGAAGGAGGUGCUUAAGCCUGAAUCCUUCUUAACAAUAUUGUAAUUAUAUUUCACUUUAGUGUUGACGUAAAAAAAAAGUGUUUUAAAGCAUAAGUAAAAAACAUUUAAAGUAUAUAUGUAUGAACAUAUUUGAUUCACAUUUGCUGUUAAAGCCAGUGGUGGACUUGUCCAGCUUUCGGCAUUAUGUGUAUGUGUAUGUGUGUGUGUGUGUGUGUGUGUGUGUGUGUGUGUGUGUGUGUGUGUGUGUGUGUGUGUGUGUGUGUGUGUGUGUGUGUGUGUGUGUGUGUGUG